UUCAACAGUCAGUCCACUCUCCUCGAUAUUCAAAUCCAAGUAUCCAACAUCCAAUCCAAACUCUCUCAGCCCUACCAUGCCGUUUAUACCUGAAGAAAUCGUCAGACAAAUUCUCUGCCGCCUGCCGCCGAAGGCGCUGCUGCGUUUCAGGUCCGUCUCCAGAUCAUGGAGAUCCUUAAUCGACACCAAACAAUUCAUUCAACUGCAUCUGCAACACUCCUUGAGAUCCACCACAAAUCUCACCCUAUUGCUCGAUUCAUCUCCAUUCUACUACGUAGAUCUGGACUCCUUCAAGCAAUUGCAACUCGGCGACGCGCGAAUCGAGACAUUCUCUGUCACAGGCUCCUGCGAUGGCCUCGUUCUCCUCACCCCCGCCUCCGGCGACAUAUUCCUCUGGAAUCCGGCCAUCCGGAAGCAGCUCAAAUUGGCGCCGCAGCCGGUGAUUCCCGCUCGAUUUUUCCGAUCCGAGUACGGCCAGUCUGCAUUCGCGCUGGGAUACGAUUCUAAACACGACGAUUAUAAAGUUGUUAGGGUUAGUCAGGCUGCAAACGACAUAAAUGCAGACGCCUUCACCAUAGAAACGACCAUCUACAGCCUCAAAUCCAAUUCAUGGAAGAAGGCAAAGGAUUUCCCCUAUGUGUUGCCACGUCACACCUCAAGGUGGGGAAUCUACCUGAACGGCGCGCUCCACACGGUUGCGAAGCGCGACGGCAAGCCUAAGACGGCGAUCAUGGCUUUUGAUCUCGGGAAGGAGGAGCACCGCGAGAUUCCGCUGCCGGAAUACCGCGGCGGUGGUUUGGGAUCGGUGGAGGUGAUGGCAGGAUGUCUCGCGGCGGUUGUUCCGGGGAAGAAGGGAAGCACCGAGAUCUGGUUGAUGAAGGAAUACGGCGUGAAGCAGUCGUGGAUGAAAUUGCUGCGAUUCGAUCAUUUUAGUCGCGAUCUGCGGCCGCUGGCUUACUCCAAAGGCGGCGGUGCUGUUUUGCUGAACGACGAUGGAAUGUGCCUCAGCUGGUACGAUCUGAAGAAGAAAACCGUCGCAAUCGCUCGUGUUAGCGGCUUCAGCGCCUCGUUUGAGGCGAAGGCGGAUGAGCCGUUUUUCGAUACGGAGGUUGUUGUUGGGAGCCUCGUUUGGCCAUGUGUGGAGGUGCCUCGAAAGCACAAUGAUUCGAGAAAGGAUGAGAAGGAGAUGAAGAUGAAGAAGAAAAGGGAUGAUUUUCUUUCAAGCGGAUUCAAGCUAAGGCUAUGAAGAAUUAACAAUGAUGGAGAAAAGGAGGUCGAUUAAGAAGUGCUUGGUUUAUUUUGUGAAAAUGUUAUGAGACUAAAAUGAAGUGCUUUUCGUUUGUUUGAA